UUUUUCUUAAAAGAAUAAAUAGAAUAGAGUAUUUCCCUAUUUCCCUAUAAUGCCCUUCUCUGUAACAAGAGCUGAUACAACUGAAGCUAGCAGCCAUUGCCACUCUGCAAACGACACCGUUUUCAACGGCGGAGGCGCCGCAAUGCCAUUUCGAGCUCGCACUGCAAUCUUCCGUUGGUCUCUGCAUAGUGUUCCUUACCGUAUCCAUCACCAUCAACCUCAUUCUCUUCACUCUCCUUCUUCUUCCAUUCCCCACAAGUUCACUUCUUUAGCCCAAACUCAGGUUUAUGGCGAAUCUGUUGAAACAAGUGACGAUGAUGGAUUUUUGUCAUGGUUGGAGCGGAAAGCUGGUUGUAGAAUUUCUUCAUCGCUUUCAAUCGGUAAAUCUUCAUAUGGCAGGUCUCUGUUUGCUUCUAAGGCGAUAAAAACCGGAGAUUGUAUUUUGAAGGUUCCUUAUAGAGUGCAAAUAACAGCAGAUAAUCUCCCUGCUAAGAUCAAAUCUCUGAUCAGUGAGGAAGUUGCGAAUGUUGCAAAACUUGCUGUUCUUCUUCUAAUUGAGCGGAAAUUGGGUCAGGACUCUCAGUGGAAUCCUUAUAUCUGCCGUCUACCAUGGCAAGAGGAGUUGCAUAACACGAUUUUUUGGAAUGAAAGUGAGCUGGAGAUGAUUCAUCGAAGCUCGGUUUAUUGGGAAACAAUUAACCAAAAGUCUCAAAUUGAAAGGGACUUCUUGGCAAUCAGACCUAUUUUUGAAUGUUUCAGUCAAAGUUUUGGAGAUAUUACUUAUAAAGACUUCAUGUAUGCAUGCACACUAGAUUCCUUUAAUAGAUCGACAUGCUACUCAGCCUCCCUAAUAGUUGUCUUUUCCUUCUUUUCUCCACCUAUGUAUGAAGGAUAUCUAUAUGAUGGUGUAUCUUUACUCAUACCAAAUUUUGAAAGGAAACCUCAUUAUUAUAUUUUAUGUAAAUAUAGACUUUCAUCUUUAGUUUCGUUGUUAACCUCAAUAUCAUUAUCAGUUGGUUCUCGAGCAUGGGGAAGCACCAAUGGUUUAUCUCUGAUUCCUUUUGCAGAUUUUGUAAACCAUGAUGGGAAUUCAGAAGCAAUUGUGAUGAGUGAUGAUGACAAACAAUUAUCAGAAGUUAUCUCUGAUCGUGACUAUGCGCCUGGGGAGCAGGUACUGAUAAGAUAUGGAAAGUUUUCAAAUGCUACAUUGAUGUUAGACUUCGGUUUUACAGUCCCCUACAACAUUUAUGACCAGGUUCAGAUCCAGUUAGAUAUACCUAAGCAUGAUCCUCUGCACAAGAUGAAGUUGGAACUCAUGCAACAAUACUUUGUGCCUUCAAGGAAAAACGCGGAAAACUUGAAACAUUCUUGGAACAUCUUCACAAUCAAGGAGGUCAAGUGGCCUAAAGGAAAAGGGAAAGGUCUUCCACAAUCGCUUCGUGCUUUUGCUCGUGUUCUUUCUUGUACUAAUCGUCAAGAACUUGAUGAUCUGGUUGUGGAAGCUGCACAAACUGAUGGUAGGCUAGGUAGGCGGCCGUUACCGGAUGUCAACAAAGAGAUUCAAGCCCACCUGAUGUUAUCGUCAUUAAUCGGCCAAUUAAUUGAGGAGCGCAGUGCAGCCAUUAUGUCAUUGGAGGAGUCUUCCAAUUCUUCAUCAUUUUGUGUAAGAGUUCCUGUUAGAAGAUUCAUGGCCCGGGAUCUCCUAUGCGGCGAACUUCGCAUUCUGAAUUCUGCUUUUACAUGGCUGGAGAACUACUGUUUGUCGUCGACUUAACGGUUGUCUGUAGCUGCAGCCUCAGUAUAGCAGGAAAAUGAAACUACCACAUCAGAUAUAUUGGAAUUAUCACAACCUGAAGAUUAUGCUGACUAUGGGUUAGCUGCUUCUUUUGGUUGGUUAGACUAUUCAACCUAAGUUGUUUUGGUUCUAUCACCUACUGGAUUUGGAAUGAGUAUAUUAGAGAGCAAGUUAGGGCAGCAUCUGUUGUAGAAUAGUAGAAAUAAAUAUAUUUCUCAUGUUGUACCUUAAUUUAUUCUCUCCCUUCUGGAUCAGAAAAUGAUCAAUUGUGUGGUUGAGGCAUGUGAUGUAAUGGCAAAACUGUUUGUCUCUGUAAAAUAAAUCUAUAUCACAUCCAAUUAUGUAA